GGUGGUUAGUGUCACUAACCACCUCUUUGCAAAUUUUUUACUUAACACCCACGCCAUCUAGCGACGAACGGUUGAAUUACUAUGCAAGGUGACUUUGACGUUGACAAGUUACGGCUAACUGCCCACAUAUUUGAAUCAAUGAGAGUUCAUUUUCGUUGAAUUGAAUACUGGGCUAACGUGCUUUUAUUUGCGUGUGUGAUAAAAAAAUUUGUAAAACGGGUAAUAUGUCGCGCCGGCUGCAAGAUAAAGAAAUAGCAGAAUACUUGUUGGAAGACCUUCCUUCAGGUAGCGAGAGCAUUUGUAGCGAUGAGGACGACGAGGCAGAUACAGAAGAUCAGCCAAAUCCGUUGGUAUUAGGCGAUUUGAUUGGAGAAGUUCAAGUUUACGAUGAUAAUAAUUUAGAUCCCGAUGAUGACCUCCCUUUGUCUAGCUUAUUAUGUCGGAAUCUAGAUUCUACAGAGUCUAACACCGUAAAUUCAAACAAAGCUCCAAAAUGGAAGAAGAGUUUUAAAAUGGACAUACCAGGUGUUUUUUCUGAAAAUGUGGGACUCACCGAUCAAAUUCUAAGCAUGGAGAGUGUUACACCGGUUUUGCUAUUUCGCCUUUUUUGGACCGAGCAUCUACAAGAAUUUAUAUGUUUUCAAACUAACCUUUACGCUACUCAAUCCGGAAAGCCUUAUACACCCACCACAACGGAAGAACUUGCUGUUUUCAUUGCUUUGAACUUGGCGAUGGGUAUUAAAAAAUUGCCGAGCUACAGAGAUUACUGGUCUUCAGCACCUGACUUGCAUGACAGCUAUAUUUCGAAGUUCAUGAGCUUCAAUAGAUUUUCUUGGCUUUUGAAUUACUUGCACGUAAAUGACAAUAGUGUAAUGCCCAACAGAAAUUGCCCAGACUUUGACAAACUUUAUAAAAUAAGACCUUUGCUAGACAUUCUGCAAACUAAUUUUGGAAAGUACUACAAGCCAUCAGAAAGAGUUGCGAUUGAUGAAAGCAUGAUAAAAUUUAAAGGCAGGAACUAUUUGAAGCAAUAUAAUAUGCCAAAAAAGCCGACUAAACGCGGGUACAAGGUUUGGAUGAAGUGUGCACAGUCAGGUUUUUGUCUGGAUUUUGAUUUAUAUACAGGCAAGCACUAAUGUUGAAACAGACUUAGGUGGUAAAGUUGUCAGGAAUUUUUGCGAAAAUUUGAAAGAUAAAAAUCACAAAGUCUAUUUUGACAAUUAUUUUAACAGUUAUCCUUUGCAAGUCAAAUUAUAAAAUAAAAUAAAAAUAAAUUAAUAAUAAUAACUGAUAAUAUUAAUAAUAAAUAAAUAUAAUUCAUCAUAGUUUUUUUUGUAUCAAUAGUCAUGGUGGUUAGUGUCACUAACCACCU